AUGUCCUUGAACAGUCCGUCUAUCCACGAUGGAUACAAUCCAGCGUCACCUUCUUCCAGCGACACCACUGUCGUAGCCUCUCCUUCGUCGUCCAAGUCGAUUCCUCCUCUACAAGCCCCUGUGACGGGCUCUAGAUCCUCUUACCUUGACAUCCCAUCCUUUCGGCCUUCGCUUGACAGCAUAUAUUCAGAGCUCUCGGAGCUCUCAUUCCACUCCAAUGAACUGCAGGCCGUCCACCCUCUCGUCCGCAGUAUAUCUCAAGAUGGGGCCCUCUCCACGUCGGCCGAACCUCCUCCUCCACAGUCCCGGUUCAGAGCAGCCUGGGAGUCCUUCUACAUUACCAACUAUGGUGCCAUGUUGGUCCUUGCAUCCCAAGCAUUCGGUGUCGGCAUGAACAUCAGCACUCGACUCCUGGAGACGCCAGGCUCACAUGGCGAACCAAUGCAUCCGUUCCAGAUCCUUUUCGCUCGACAGUCCAUCACCGCCCUCAUCUGCACCACGUACGGUAUCUACUUCAAGACAACUCCAUAUUUUCCCUUUGGGCCGCGUGGUGUUCGCUGGCUACUUGUCUUACGGGGCAUUGCUGGGUUCUUCGGAGUAUUUGGAUUAUACUUUAGCCUGUUAUACUUGCCGCUGAGCGAGGCAACGGUGCUGGGCUUUUUAUCGCCGAUCCUUACCUGCUACCUCUGCAGUUUCAUCAUGCCUGGGGAAGUCUUCAGCGCGCAGCAGCAGAUUGCCGGCUUCGUCAGCCUUAUUGGUGUCUUGUUCAUUGCCCGACCAGCCUCUCUCCUCUCUUUGACCUCGACCUCGGCCCAACCGUCCGACGCCAUGGUAAGUCCUCCAGCCAACUCUACUGUGACUGCUGAGACUGCUCAACACAUCACUGCCGAACAACAUCUCGCAGCAGUGGGCAUUGCAAUGAUCGGCGUGGUUGGUGGCACCGGUGCACUCACCGCGAUACGUGUAAUUGGUACCAGGGCUCACGCCUUCAUCAGUAUCAAUUACUUCAGCGUGUGGUGUAGUAUUGUCUCGCUGACAUGCCUCGUCAUCUUCCCUGACGUCAAGUUCCGGCUACCGGGCAACCUCACCGAGUGGAGUCUGCUCGCCAGCCUGGGUCUGUGCGGGUUUGUCAUGCAGUUUCUUCUGACCGCCGGCCUAGCAUAUGGUGGGCCGUGUGAACCGUCCAGCCAGGGUGGGAACAAAACUCAACCUACACAGAAGAUUAGGGAUGUCGAGAGCGCCGGGAUCCAUCUGGAAAAUCCCAGCGGUAGCGGGAACGGUAAAAACUAUUCGUCCAAGCCAAGGCCGAAACCAUCAGGGACUCGUGCAACAGCCAUGUGCUACACGCAGAUGCUCUUUGCGCUGGCAGGCGAUAAAUUGGUCUUUGGCAUCACGCCGGAUACAAUGAGCUGGAUUGGUAGCGUGUUGAUUCUGGCGGGAGCAGUGUGGGUAGCUGCCGCCAGGGACUCGGCUUCUAAGGUGAAGUCGAAUGACACUCGUGCCGGGGCUACGAGCACAUCAUCUGGAUUGGAAGUGCUGCGAGAACACGCACGGGCUAAAGUGGGGGCUACUCAUGAAGAAGCCAUUGGGUUAAUGAGUGGGCACCAGGACGGGGAUGUGAGAGAUGACGAUUCUUAUGAUGAUGACGACGAUAACGACACCAUUGACGCUGAACGACAGCAUGAACACGGCAAGGCUCUUGAGAGCCUGGAAAUGCAUGAGAUACGCCGGGACACGGCUACGAGCUGA